AUGAAGAUACUCCCUCUUUUCGCAGUGGGCCUUUUGGUCACCGUUGCCACUGUCGGUGCCAAGCCAACGGCGACAACGGCGAGCCCCGAUCAGUGCGCCAAGCACGAUGAAGGCAAGACCUACGGUUUGUCCAGUGACUGCCAUAAGUACGUAACCUGUAAGGGCGGAAAGCUGACAGUCAAGAGUUGCAGCAGCAAGAAAAACUAUGAUGUAGUUACAUCCAAGUGUGUCAAAAUUGCCAAAGCAACCUGCGCUGCGGAGGAGCCUGAGCCGGUACCCGAAGAACCGCAUCCGGUCGAGCCAGAAGAGACCGACGAACAGUACGACUAUCUCUGUAACAACGUUCUCUAUGGGAUUAAAGUGCAUCCGCACGCGUGUGACAAGUACAUCAGCUGCAUGAAGCAGAAAGCCAAAAUUGACGUCUGCCAGGAAGGUCACAUCUUCUCGGAGGUGAGAAUCGAAUGUGUGGCAGGCAACAAAGCGACUUGCACAGCCACUGACGAUGAAACUAACCCUACGGAUCCGGAAUCGGGCUCUGGAUCUGAAAGCGAGAGUUCGGAAAGUGAAAAUGAAAGUGAUUCAGAUGAGCCGUCCGAAGAAGAAACACCAAGCGACGGUUACGAUCAUCUCUGCGCCAACGUUGUCCUUGGCAACAAGCCGCAUCCUGGAUCAUGCGACAAGUACAUUUCGUGCUCCAAGCAAAAGGCAAAGGAAAAGAGCUGCAAGGAUGGAUACGGUUACUCUUCUAAGUACCAUUUGUGUGUCAAGGAGAAGAACAGCGAUUGUGCCGCUUCUCCCCAGGAGCCUCCAGCGACCGAAGAGCCGCCCACUACGGAUCCUGAGGUAAGCGAACCGAGCUCCGAGGAGGUUGCUGAGCCUGAAGUUCCGAAGGAACCAGAAACUCCAUCCGGUGAACACGACCAUAUUUGUGCCAACACUCAUCAUGGCAAAAAGCCGCAUCCUCAUUCCUGCAAGAAGUACAUCUCGUGCUCCAAGCACAAGGCAAAGGAAGUGAACUGCAAGAAAGGGUAUGGUUACUCGUCCAAGUCCCAUCAGUGUGUCAAGGAGAAGAACAGCGAUUGUGCCGCUUCUCCCCAGGAGCCUCCAGCGACCGAAGAGCCACCAACUACGGAACCUGAGGUAAGUGAACCGAGCUCCGAGGAGGUUGCUGAGCCCGAAGUUCCUGGAUACGACUACGUUUGUGCCAAAACUCUCCUCGGCAACAAGCCGCAUCCUGACUCGUGCAACAAGUACAUCUCCUGCUCCAAGCACAAGGCAAAGGAAGUGAACUGCAAGCAAGGAUAUGGUUACUCCUCUAAGUUGCAUUUGUGUGUCAAGCAGAAGAACAGCGAUUGUCCCGCAGAACCUGAAGGUCCAUCCGAUGGAUACGACUACGUUUGUGUCAAGACUCUUUUCGGCAACAAGCCGCAUCCUGAUUCGUGCAACAAGUACAUUUCGUGCUCCAAGCACAAGGCAAAGGAAGUGAACUGCAAGAAAGGAUAUGGUUACUCGUCUAAGUUCCAUUUGUGUGUCAAGGAGAAGAGCAGUGACUGUGCUUCUUCUCCCGAGGAGCCUCCAGCGACCGAAGUAACGACAGCCAAACCAGAGCCAGAAACCACGGAGCCACAACCUGAGACUACUAAAGCUCCAGCAACGACUACGCGGGCUUCGACUACUACGACUGCCAAACCAGAGCCAGAAACCACGGAGCCACAACCUGAGACUACUCCCAUACCUCUACCAACGACUCCUCUGGCUGUGAGUACUACUACUAAAGCUCCAGUAACGACAGCCAAACCAGAGCCAGAAACCACGGAGCCACAACCUGAGACUACUAAAGCUCCAGCAACGACUACGAAGGCUCCGACUACUACGACUGCCAAACCUGAGACUACUAAAGCUCCAGCAACGACUACUCAGGCUUCGACUACUACGACUGCCGAACCACAGCCAGCGACUACGCAGUCUCAACCAGCAACUACUAAAGCUCCAGCAACGACAGCCAAACCAGAGCCAGAAACCACGGAGCCACAGCCUGAGACUACUAAAGCUCCCGCAACGACUACGCAGGCCCCGACUACUACGACUGCCAAACCUGAGACUACCAAAGCUCCAGCAACGACAGCCAAACCAGAGCCAGAAACCACGGAGCCCCAACCUGAGACUACUAAAGCUCCAGCAACGACUACGCAGGCUUCGACUACUACGACCGCCGAACCGCAGCCAUCGACUACGAGGUCUCAACCAACAACUACUAGAGCUCCAACAACGACAGAGACUACCCCACCGACAUCGGGUGGUGAUCCGGAGGAACCGAGCUGCGAGGGCAUAGUCUCAGGUUACCUUGCGAUCGAAGGAAACUGUACUCAAUACGUCUACUGCCAGCAGGGCGAGCCCGAACUGCGCGACUGCCUCGAGAACUACAUCUUCUACGAACCGUUCCUGGCAUGUCUGCCUGGAAACACAGCCACUUGCGAGCUGUUCGGUGUCUAA